AUGAGGGCUGCCUCUGAAAACACCAUCCUCCAUGCGUCUGAGUCUCCAAAAAUACCAUCAUCUGCAUUGAAGAUAUUUGGUUUUCCAGUCGCGGGCUGCGACAAUCAUCACAAUGAUCAUUUGCCCGUAACAGUACCAUGCGAUGCAAGUAGGAGGAGAUCGUUCGAGUGCCAAUACUGUCACCGACAGUUCUCGAAUCAUCAAGCACUUGGUGGCCAUCAGAACGCGCACCGGAGGGAACGACAAUGGGCCAAACAGGCCGAGUUCCUAGACGAACGCCAUCAUCAAUAUCCACGGUCUGUAGUAGCAGUCCCCAUAUUUAUCGCUGCGCACGAGGGGAGAUCACCAGGAUCGGCAGUACCAUUUGUAUGCUCGAGUACUAGUACUACUGUUUCCUCGAUCAUGGGUGGUCAUGCAACUGUUGAGUGGCCACAUCUGCUUCCUAGUGCCGGCACAGGCUCUGAUGUGGAUCCUACAAAAGCCCAUUGA